AUGUUCAUUCAUAAUCAUAUUAAUUUACUCAAUCAGAUUCAAAUAGAAAUUGUUAAAGGGAGAAGACAUGGCUCAUAAAUCACUGAUUUAAACUACAUUUAAGAGUCUACUAUAUUUUUAUCUUCUGAUUAAUCUAAUAGAAUAUUCGUACGUGACAUAAGAGAUGGCCAAGUUGUCAGUUAUCAAGAUACUCCAUUGAAGGAUCCAAAUGGAAUUAUUUCUCUCUCAACUAAUCUAAAUGGCUAAGUAAUUGCACUAACUAAAACAGAAAUAUUAACAUACAAUUCUUAUGAAUACGAUAGUUUUAACAUAAUUUAGCAGAUUUCAAAUCAAAAUUAAUAAUAUGUGAAAUCAUAAACUCUUGCCUUAAAUAAUUUAGUUUAAUUUACUUCUACUUAAGAAUUAAUCAUUAUAUAAAUAGAUUUUGAUUAAAAAAAUACUCAAGUUCUAGUUUAUUAAGAAAAUAUGACUCUGGCUUCUCUAUUUCAAAUUCAAACUAAUCUCUCAAUAGCAAGUACUUAUAGCUACUCAAUUUAGCCAACAAAAUUUAUAAUAGCUUAGAAUGUUACAGGAUUUAAUGGAUUUUCUAGUUAAACACAUGUAUUAAUAGGGAUGAAUUAAAAUUCUUUAUUAUACUUUAGUAGUAUCCCCACCAUUUUAAAUUUAGAAAAUUUUAAUGAUAAUUUAAUUUGGAACCCAUUUAUUAGUGAUUAUGUAAUACUUUCUUUUGGCCAUUUAGAUGGCUCAUCAAUUCUUGCUCUUUAGUUUGGAUAAGCAAUAUCUACAGCUCCAAAAUAAAAUUAUUUAAAUAAUUUAAUUUUUGUAGAUUUAAAGAAUUUAAAGCAAGAUACAUCUCCAAAUACGUUUUUAGCAUCUCAAAUGUUUUCUUCUCCUUUAGCUUCAAUAUAAAUGGGCUCUUCACUUAUAACUCUAAUAUUUAGCUUUGUUUCUAAUAGAAGUAAUUAUGUUGCUUUUGUGAAAUCUUAGACUCAAAUCAUAAUCUUUAAAUUGGAUGACUUAAUUUAAAACUAAUUUUAGAUCUAAAAUGCAUCAAAUAAAAUAGAUUUAGCAUGGUAUGCAUAGUGCUUAGAAUAUCUAAAUAUUCCAAACAGUUCUUUUCUAUUGAUAGGAUACACAAAUGGAUAUAUCUAAUCAAUUGAUAUUUCAAAUCUAACAACAUCUAACUCAUAAAACACAUUUUCUAAUUCUUCUAAGAGUUAUUCUCUUUAAAAUUAUUUAAAAAAUACAAAAAUAAAUUCAACUUUUUUGUUAAUGAGCUUACUCACAUAAAUAUUAUAAAUAGAUAGCAAUAACAGCAUAGACAGUUCUUACUAUGAUAGUUAAAUAGAUAUGAAUAGUUGUUUGAAUAAUUAAUGUGCUUACUAAUAUUGUAAUUAUGAUGUAAAUAUAAAUCAAGAAAACAAUAGUGAUCUAUCAAAUAUUUUCUCAACUAAUAGCAUAUUAUAGAGAUCUGAAUUAUUAUUAAUUUCUAAUUAUAAAUUAUCAUAACUGAAUACUUUACUCUCCUCAGUUAAUGUCAACUAUAACAUUAAUAUUUAACAAGACACUUAGUUUGAGUGGAGAAGUUGCGCUUAGUACUUUAAAAUUGAUGAUGUCAAUAUUUGUUUUGAUAAUAAAACAAUCAGUAACAGUCUUAUCAUAGUACCUGAAAUAUUUUUAUAAUAAGCUGAAUUGAAUAUAUAAAAUCUUUUAGUGUAGAACCAAAGCUUUAUAAAUGUAACAACGCUAAUAAAUGUUAUCUAAAAUGAUUACUUAAUUGUUUUGAAAAACUUAGAUUUUGAAGGAAAUUACUUUGAAAAUACAAACUUCCUCUAUUCGACUAAUUAAAUUAAUUUAAUCAUAGAAAAUUCAACAUUUAAAAAUAAUUUAUAAUUAAACACAGACAGCUCUAUUUAUAUCUCCUAAUACUUUUUUAUGGCUUAAAAUGUAACAUUAUUCAAUAUAACAUUUAGUCAAAAUGUCAUCUAAGACUUUACUUUAUUUGGAUUAAAUUCUUUAAGCAUUUAGACAUAUUGGAAUAUUACAUAAGUUAAUUUAGUGAAUAAUACUUUUUUAAUUAGUGAUCCAUAAAUACAAGCUCUUAUUAUUGAUUGUUAACCGAUUUCUUAGAGCUAAGGAGGAGCAAAUUAAUAAUUUUAUCUGAUAUCUUCUGUAUUUUAAAAUACAAAACUCUAUAAUUGUGACUAUAUAUAAUUCUAAUUAAAUGAAUGUGAAUCAAUGAAUACCUAUGAUAAUAUAGCUUCCUAAAAUAUCAUUUAAGUUUAUUAAAUUGCUCUUGAUUAGAUGUAAUAAACAUUAAUUUCACAAGUUUAAGAUAUUGAUAACUAAAUCACUUUUUUAUUUUUGAUUGGUGCAUCACAAUUAUAUAUAGAUAAGUAUAAUUGCUUUAAUAAUUUGGUUGAAAAUAAUAUUUUUGAUUAAGCCUGCAUUAAUGCAUAAUAAUUCGCAUAGCUAAACUUUACUUUAUCUAAUAGUAGUUUUGAAAAUAAAAACAUUUUGAACGGCUAUGUCAUAUAGAUAUAUUCUAACGAAGACUCAGAUAUACAAUAAAUUUAUUAACAAUAACUUUAAAAGUUUAUUUUCUCUGAAAUUACAUUUUAAACUCCUUAAAUAGUUAUUUAAAAAUAAAGUUCUUGCUUGCUAAUUUAUGCUCCUUUAUCUAAUUUAGAAAUUUAAGAUUCUUAGUUUCUUAAUUUAACAACUUAAUCUUAAUCUACUGUAGUUUUUGGAAAUUUGAAUAAAAUUAGCAUGAGUAACUGCAACUUUCAAAAUAAUAACUAUCAAAGUUCUAACUUUUAAGGUGGUUUCAUAAACUUUGAGACAGAUAAUCUGAGUGUUAUUUCAUCUAAUUUUACUAAAGGAUAAGCCUCUUUUGGAGCAGUUUUCACUAUAAGGCCAAGAAUUUAAUCAGCUAAUUACUCGUUUUAUUAAUGCUAAUUUGAUUUUUUGAUUUCUUAAAAUGACGGAGGUGCUAUUUAUGUAGGUGAAGCUUAAAAUUAAACAUAUGUAAGCGUGAAUAAUUGUAUAUUUAAAAAUAUAAUUUCAAAAAGAGGUGGAGCCAUAUUUAUAUAAUAGGUUUAUAAUAUAAAUAAAUAAGUGGCUUAUCAGGAAUCUUAUCCUCAAUUAAAUUUCUAAAAUUGUACUUCUUAUAAUUUAUUUUCUUAGGAAGGAGGACUAAUCUUUUCAUAAAAUUCGAAUAUAACUAUUAAUUAAUUUAGCUCAAGUUUAUAUAAUUUCGCAUUACUACUAGAUUACAGUAAAAUGGUAAGCUAUUAUAUCAGCCAAUUUGGUUAGAUAAGUUAAUUUAUAGCAUUAUAGUCAAGUUUUUUAGUAAUAACCCAAAUGGACAUCAAUCAAAAUCAAAUAUUAUCUAACAAGAGUAGAAAUAAAAAUCCUUAAAUUUUAUUUUUGAGUGGCUAAUAUAAAAGUAGUAUAUAAAUUCAAUAAUCGAAUUUCUAUAACUGUUUUUUGUCUUAAACAAACUUUAUAAAUAUUGGUUAAUCAAUGCUGUCUUUAAUAUAAUCUAACCUAACAAAUAUAUAGUAAAUAAAUAUUCAUUAAUAUAAAUAAUUAUAUUAAAUUAAUUUUUAUUCAUAGAAUUAUCAAUCGAGUUAAUAGGUAAUUACAAACUAAUAUCUAACAAGAUUAAAGCUCUUAGUUUAGUGUUUUAACUCUAACAUAAUCUACUCUAUAUCUUGA